AUCUAGUUAGAUACGCUGAUUGUUUUUCGGUGUUCGAGAACAAUUUGAUGAUCAAUUGAAGCAGUUUAUCAACCGCAAGAAUUUUUUCAACAAUACAAUGGCGUCGCUGACUAAACCAAAGUCUGAAAUGACACCUGAGGAACUUUCCAAAAGGGAAGAAGAGGAGUUCAACACCGGUCCCCUGUCAGUUCUAACUCAGUCUGUUAAAAACAAUACCCAGGUUUUAAUCAACUGUCGAAACAACAAGAAACUGCUCGGUAGAGUCAAAGCAUUCGACAGACACUGUAAUAUGGUAUUGGAAAACAUCAAAGAAAUGUGGACAGAAUUACCACGGACUGGAAAAGGAAAGAAAAAGGCAAAACCAGUGAAUAAAGACCGGUUCAUAUCGAAAAUGUUUCUGCGAGGUGAUUCAGUUAUCUUGGUACUGAAAAACCCACUCGCAACAGCAUCGGGAAAAUAAUAUGACUAGUUUGUAAGAAUUUUGUAAUUACUUUUAACAAGCUAUGAUUAUACUAAAAUAAAGAAUCUACUUUAAGCCGUAA